AGGACUGGAUGAGAGGAACUGAGAUAAUAUCCACACCACCAGCAUCCAUCACCGGAGCUACAGAGCCAUCUCAGCCCGUCACGGCGCUCGCCGGCUGUUAACGGCACCAUGGCACAAGCCGCCAAACAUCUGCGGAAGAAUAAGGAUUUAGAGGCGCUCGCCGAACAGGAGCGGAAGGAGAAAGAGGAGGAGAAGGCGAAGAAAAGGAGUCGCUCGCGGGAUAAAAAGCGCAAGGCCCACGUCGUUCAUCGCUGGCUAAUCGAUCAGGACAAUAGUGUGAGCUCUGAGCUGCCGGAUGGCCAGGGAGUGUGGCACUAUGAUGAAACAGCUGAUGCUGCCACCAGCUUCCUCCGUGCAGCUCGCUCAGGUAAUCUGGAAAAGGCUCUAGACCACAUCAAGAACGGCAUUGACAUCAACACAGCCAAUCAGAAUGGACUCAACGGGCUGCACUUGGCCUCGAAAGAAGGCCAUGUUAAAAUGGUGCUGGAACUACUGCACCAUGGUAUUGUUCUUGAGACGACCACAAAGAAAGGAAACACUGCUCUUCACAUCGCUGCAUUAGCUGGACAGGAACAGGUGGUCACAGAACUGGUCAACUAUGGAGCCAAUGUCAAUGCUCAGUCUCAGAAGGGCUUCACUCCUCUCUACAUGGCCGCACAAGAGAAUCACCUGGAGGUUGUGAAGUUUCUCCUGGAUAACGGAGCCAAUCAGACCAUUCCAACUGAGGAUGGCUUUACCCCUCUUGCUGUGGCUCUUCAGCAGGGCCAUGAGAAUGUGGUGGCCCUGCUUAUCAACCACGGUACUAAGGGCAAGGUCCGCCUUCCUGCACUGCAUAUCGCUGCCCGAAACGAUGACACCCGAACUGCCGCUGUGCUUUUACAGAAUGACCCAAAUCCUGAUGUCUUAAGCAAGCAGAUCAGCAGAACGAUAUCUGAAGAAUCAUGUGACAUAAGAACAGGCUUUACACCACUCCAUAUCGCAGCCCACUAUGAAAACCUGAAUGUUGCUCAGCUACUUCUAAACAGAGGAGCUGAUGUGAACUUCACGCCCAAGAAUGGGAUCACACCUCUACAUAUUGCAUCCAGGAGAGGAAAUGUUAUAAUGGUCAGACUUCUGCUGGACAGAGGAGCGAAGAUUGAUGCCAAGACAAAAGAUGAGUUGACUCCUCUUCACUGUGCUGCCAGGAAUGGCCAUGUGAGAAUAAUCGAGAUCCUUCUGGACCAAGGAGCCCCAAUACAGGCCAAGACCAAAAAUGGCCUUUCUCCAAUACAUAUGGCAGCCCAGGGCGAUCAUUUGGACUGUAUCAGACAGCUAUUACAGUACAAUGCGGAGAUUGAUGACAUCACUCUGGACCACCUGACCCCACUGCAUGUGGCAGCACACUGUGGACAUCAUCGCGUGGCCAAGGUGCUUCUGGAUAAAGGAGCCAAACCAAACACCCGUGCUUUGAAUGGCUUCACGCCACUCCAUAUUGCCUGUAAGAAAAACCACAUGCGUGUAAUGGACCUACUGUUAAAACAUUCUGCAUCCCUGGAGGCUGUAACCGAGUCAGGACUCACCCCACUGCAUGUGUCCUCCUUCAUGGGUCAUCUGAAUAUAGUGAAGAUACUGAUGCAAAAAGGAGCUUCACCACAUGCCUCAAAUGUGAAAGUUGAAACACCUCUGCACAUGGCAUCUCGAGCUGGUCACUGUGAAGUUGCUGAGUUCCUGUUGCAGAAUGCAGCUCCAGUGGACGCCAAAGCCAAGGAUGACCAGACACCGCUACACUGUGCCGCCCGCAUGGGCCACAACGAGAUGGUGAAGCUGCUGUUGGAGCACAAGGCAAACCCCAACUCCACCACAACAGCAGGACAUACUCCACUGCAUAUCGCUUCCCGUGAGGGACACAAUCAAACUGCCAGCAUUCUCCUGGACAUGAACGCCCAGCUCACCAAAAUGACCAAGAAAGGCUUCACUCCCCUUCAUGUAGCAGCCAAAUAUGGGAAGGUGGAUGUAGCAGUGCUGCUUUUAGAGAGAGGAGCCAACCCAAAUGCUGCAGGAAAAGUUGGACUCACACCGCUGCACGUAGCCGUCCAUCAUAACAACCUCGAUGUGGUCAAUCUUUUACUCAGCAAAGGCGGAUCACCACACAGUGCCGCUCGGAAUGGCUACACUCCUCUCCACAUUGCUUCCAAACAGAACCAGGUGGAGGUAGCGAGCAGUUUGCUGCAGCAUGGAGCUUCUGCCAAUGCUGAGUCAUUGCAAGGGGUCACACCAUUACACCUAGCCUCCCAAGAGGGCCAACCAGACAUGGUGUUGCUGCUUAUCUCAAAGCAGGCCAAUGUAAAUCUAGGCAAUAAGAGUGGUCUGACUCCUCUUCACCUCGUAGCUCAAGAGGGGCAUGUCGGCAUUUCUGAUAUACUAGUGAAACAUGGGGCGUCUGUCUACGCUGCCACACGGAUGGGUUUCACUCCACUUCAUGUGGCUUGUCAUUAUGGCAAUAUCAAGAUGGUUAAGUUCCUCUUACAGCAACAGGCCAAUGUAAACUGCAAGACCAGGAUGGGAUAUACUCCUCUUCAUCAGGCUGCUCAGCAGGGCCAUACAGACAUUGUAACGCUUCUCCUGAAACAUGGCGCGCAACCAAAUGAAAUUACAUCUAAUGGUACGUCAGCUCUUGCCAUCGCGAAGCGCCUCGGAUACAUCUCAGUCAUUGAUGUGCUCAAACUGGUCACUGAAGAGACCGUUACCAUGACCACCACAGAGAAGCAUCGCAUGAGUUUCCCUGAGACAGUUGAUGAGAUCUUGGAUGUGUCUGAAGAUGAAGGAAUUGCACAGCUUACGUUAGGCGAGGAGCUGCUGGGGAACGAAGGUGCCAGGUAUUUGAAGAUGGACGACUUAAAGGACCAUGAUGAGGAUUUCCUUUCCCCCAAGAAUGUUCUAGAGAAUCAUUCCCCUGCUAUUCCAAGGAUCCCUUGUGUGUCUCCAGAAACAGUUAUGUUGAAAGAACAUGAAAUGGAGCAGCAGCACACCCCACUACCUUUGCCCAAAGAGUACGAUGAGGAUUCGCUGAUCCCCAGCAGUCCGGCCACAGAGACAUCAGACAAUGUCAGUCCAGUAGCAAGCCCCAUCCACACCGGGUUCCUGGUGAGCUUCAUGGUGGAUGCUCGUGGCGGCUCAAUGAGAGGAAGCAGACAUAAUGGCCUGCGUGUCAUUAUUCCUCCUCGCACCUGUGCCGCUCCAACGCGCAUUACCUGCCGCCUGGUGAAGCCGCAGAAACUUGCCACACCACCUCCUCUGGUGGAGGGUGAGGGUCUCGCCAGCCGCAUCAUCUCUCUUGGUCCAGCUGGCAUGCAGUUCUUAGGGCCUGUGAUUGUGGAGAUUCCACAUUUCGCCGCACUUGGUCGGGGAGAUCGGGAACUUGUGGUCUUAAGGAGUGAGAACGGAUCAGUCUGGAAGGAGCACCGUAAUCGUUACGGUGACGAGGUCCUGGAGACAAUUCUUAAUGGCAUGGAUGAAGACCUCGAGAGUCAGGAGGAACUUGGGAAGAAAAGAAUCAGGCGCAUUAUCUCGACAGACUUCCCGCUUUAUUUUGCCGUGGUGUCCCGUAUCCAGCAGGAGAACGAUCUGAUUGGCCCAGAAGGGGGUUUUCUCGCCAGUAAGCUGGUGCCCAUGGUCCAGGCCAGUUUUCCUGAGACAGCCGUCACCAAGCGCGUCCGUCUCGGACUGCAGGCACAGCCAGUCCCUGAUGAGCUGGUGGCCAAGCUUCUGGGGAACCAAGCCACGUUCAGCCCUGUGGUGACAGUAGAGCCUCGUCGACGCAAGUUUCACCGUCCCAUCGGCCUAAGAAUUCCACUGCCUCCCUCCUGGAGGGAAAGUCCACGGGAUGCUGGGGAGGGCGACACCACCAGCCUCCGUCUACUCUGCAGUGUCAUUGGCGGCACAGCUCCAGCUCAGUGGGAAGAUAUAACUGGAACCACCAAACUUAUGUAUGCCAAUGACUGUGCCAGUUUCACCACCAAUGUCUCUGCCCGUUUCUGGCUGGCAGACUGUCCUCGGACCGCAGAGGCCGUGUCCUUUGCCAACCUCCUGUACCGUGAGCUGUCAGCUGUGCCGUACAUGGCCAAGUUUGUAGUUUUUGCAAAGAUGAAUGAAGCACGAGAGGGUCGACUCCGCUGUUAUUGCAUGACUGAUGACAAAAUGGACAAAACCCUGGAGCAGCAUGAGAACUUUACUGAAGUGGCUCGCAGUAGAGACAUCGAGGUCAUGGAGGGAAUGCCGCUAUAUUUAGAGUGUUCAGGAAACUUGGUUCCCAUAAGGAAGGCAGCGCAGCAGCCCCGUUGUUUCAGCUUCCAAGCCUUCAGAGACAACAGACUGCUUGUGUCUGUCAAGGUGAGGGACAGCAGUAAAGACCCCUCUGGUUUCUUGUCUUUCUUGCGCAAAUCAACCAAAUAUGAAGACAGUCAACAUGUGUUGUGCAACCUCAACGUUACCAUGCCGCCAUGCAUUAAGAUUAUAGGAAGUGAUGAGCGAAGGAGAACUCUGACUCCUUUGGCUCUGAGGGAAAGAUACAGUGCUCUAAAUGAACCAGCCAUGGCAUCACUGAGCGCCAUGGAAAGGACGGAGUUAAAGAUGGCUUUAAUAGCUGAACAGCUAGGCCUGAGCUGGGCUGAGUUGGGACGUGAACUGCAGUUUAAUGUAGAUGAAAUAAAUAAGAUCCGUGUGGAGAAUCCCAACUCCCUUUUAGAGCAGAGCUCAACACUGCUCAACCUGUGGGCCGCUCGAGAGGGGAAGAGAGCCAAAAUGGACAGCCUGUACGUGGCCCUCAAGAGCAUUGACCGAGUGGACAUUGUGAACAUGUUGGAGGGCCAGGGACCACCAACAGGUCAGCAGGGGGGCUGGGAACAAGAUCCGUCCAGGUCUAGGCAUCAUGAGAGAGACCAUCUAUCUCCUGGCAUCACAAAUGGUUACGGGCUGGUGGUACAGGAAGAACUAGUCUCACCGGCCUCCAUGCAGUACAGUCUACCUUCGCCACUGGGCAAUGAGCCCUACUGGCAAGAAGUGUCAAGCAUGGAGUGUGCACCCAUCGCUACCACUGAAGAGGACACACUUAUGGAGAUGUCUGAGGUACAGGUUUGGCCCUCAGGCAAUAGUCCUUCCAUUGUGGCCGUAGAGGACUCCUCACUGGAGUGCAGCAAUGCUGAUGACUCCGAGGCGCUACUAAACAGGAGCCUGGGCCACUCGAGGAGCGGGACUCCCGGCGCAAAUGGACCAGUUGGACUUGCUACUCAGGGAGGGUUAAGUGGUUCCAUCGAGUUACUUGAGGAUCAAUCCAUUGGGGCGGAUUCAGAUUACAGUGCUGCCGGGAUGCUGUGUCUGAGCGAAGGGGUCAACAUCAAUGCUCUGGACAGAGGUCAGGGGUCGGAGAGGUUAGAAGGUGCUGUAGGUCAAGAAGUCAACAACAUUAAAGACGAUUCCAGUGGAGGUUUGGGAGAAGGAGGAGGUGACAGCACGAACAUAGAAGAUAGCAUAUCUCUCAUUUCAGGGCAACAGCGAGUUUAUGCUCGAAUGAGUGAGUCACCUGUGCUAAGAAGACGGGCAGAUCCUGGUGAUGACAGGUUAAGUGCUGGGUCCUUCCUAUCUUAUCUACAGGAUCAGGGGGCUCCUGGUUGGCACUCUGCCCCAGAACAAACCCAGAACAGAGUUGGAUCUCUGCAAUGCUCUCUUCCCAGACAGGCAAUGGAGUCUAUGAUGUCAUCAGUGCGAGCCACAGUGGACUGUGAUUCUAAGCAGUCCUGUCUAGCCCAAGAGGCCCUAAUUGAACCAGUGAGGGACAUAGGGCAUUCUGAGAUCAUCCACGGGCAUUAUCAGGGAACUCAACCUUUUGAGAAAGGACUAGGCUUCCCGCACAGAACAGCUAACAUUCGUGGUUGGGAGGACAUGCGUCUAAGAGGACAGGGUGAUGAGGCAGAGGAUCUUCCAGGAGAGCAAGUGAGCGAGGAGCAAUUUACAGAUGAGCAUGGCAACAUCGUCACUAAAAAGAUUGUGAGGAAGGUGGUCCGGAGAGGAAAAGGGGAGGAAGGGGGUCAGGAGCUCAUCAUAGAAGGGCUGCCACAGGAUAUCAAUGAGGCAGACAUUGAUGGAGAACAGUUCAUGAGCUAUGCCGUCCUGGGCCGUGACAGCAAGCCGGAUGUUGUUGAUGUGAAGAGGGGAGGUGCUCAAAUAGUCAAAUGUGCGAGUCUGCGGAGAGUAAAGCAGUGAGUCUGACUCACUCCUCCCUGCAGGACCUGACACCUACAUCCAAACCAUCCUUCACUGACACAUGAUGGGCGCCAAAUAAAGAAGAAAACUGAACUAGAGCGCUGGCGAUAGGCGAUGGAUAUCAACUACGAAAAGAGAUUUUUGGACUUUUUGUAACAAGCAAAACAAACACUAGUGGCUAGAGGCAUGAUUUCUUAUAAAAUGAAACCAAACAAUGAAAAAAAGCAAGCAUUUGAGAAGUGCUUCCUGUAAUCUCAAUAUCAGCAUGUGAAAGUGCUGUCGCAUGGCCUGCCUUUACAUACAGCACUGACUGCAAGCAAUUAUGAGGUGAGAAAAUACUGUCGUACCGCAAGGGCUGUAAAAUGGUGUGGGGAAGGACUUUGGCCAACUGGAUGCAUACGCUUAACAUCGCGGUUUUUGGGGGCACGUGGGACGCGAAAGCUAGUUUUAGUCGAAUCCAGCCAGAGUUUCCUGAAAUUUAGUCUUCCAAGUGAGUCCAGAACACACUAUUACCGAAAAGGUUUCCCGCCAGGAGGAGUCUGACCCUCUUGUACUGGUAUUAUACGUAAUAUGCACUCAGUUAUGAUGUGAAUGUACUCUCCGUGUGCGUGUGUUCUUUUCCACAGCCAAAAAAAAAAAAAAAUGACAACAACCUAUGCGAUGAUUAUGCUGCUGUCUCAAUACUUGCUCCUGAAUUCUUGUUCAGUCCAAUAGUACGUGUCUUGUGUAUUGUAAAGAUAUAAUUGUGUAGCAAAUGAGCUGUGAAGUCCUGUGUUGCCUGAGAUAUACUAGGCUCAAGGGUUACAAUUUGUGCAGUUUAAAUGUUUUCAGUGGGAUGCAGUACUUUGGACAUAUUUUAAAAUCACUGUGGGGCUCUAUAUGUACGCGUUUGCAGCGCUGCGGCAAGAUUUUUGUUUUUUAGUUCUAUAUACAUUGCAUACCUCUGUGUAUAUGAACCGUGAGCUUCCUCUUAAUAACUCGAUAUGCACAGAGGAGCUCACAAACGUUAUAUUAACAUUUGCAUUAUCCACCUUCAGCUUUUGCUUUAUUCCAAAUAACCUCUAGCGGGAAGACUUUCUUUAGAACCAAAAAAAAGCAAUAAUUUUAAAUAAAUAAUAGUUAAAAAGUCUAACCUUUCAUUGAAGUCAAAUUAGUCACAAAAUGUAGAGGCAGUCAAUAGAUUAAAAAUAUUAUUCACAAUUAAAUUUGUGAUUUGUUUCGUAUGUAAUAAUUAAGCAUAUUCAUUAUUAAUAAAAACUAAAACUUAUUUAAAAGAUUUAUUGUUAAAUUGAUUUUAGGUAACACUUUACAGUAAGGUUCCAUUUAUUAAUAAUAAUUAACCAUUGACAUGAACUAACAAUUAAAAAAACACUUCCAAAGCCUUUAUUCGUCUGUUUAUUUCAAUUUACUAAUACUUUAUUAAAAUCAAAAUUGUAUCUGUUCAUAACAUUUAAAAGAUUUGAGUUCACAUAAACUGUAUUUUUAUUAACUGAACUAAAGAUUAAUAAACAUCGUAACAAAUUGAGUUAGUGAAUGCUUUAUUAACCUUAACUAAUAGGACCUUGUUGCAAAGUGUUACCAGAUGUUUUAUUGAUAACUUAACAUUACUAAAAACAGGUCUUACACUUGUCAAGAAGAUAUUAAAGAAGAAUAAAACCAGUUCUAUUUAUUCAAAGUGGCAUUCAAUUUGCAGCUCAACUCAAAGAUCAGCAUCCUUUUACCUAGACAUGUCACGAUUAUUACCAUCACCCUUCCAGUGAUUUUCAUUCAGUUUUCUCUUUUCUGAGGCAAGCAUGUCUUACUCAGAAUCCGUAGUCCUUUUUAUAUUCUUGCACAACAUUAAAUCCCUCAUAUCCCGUAUCCCAUUUGUAACUUAAUCCCAAAGUAUACUUUUAUGCAUAAUUGCUGUCAUCGGCAUAUAGCACAAGCAUAUUGUACACAAAUAGACAACUGAAGCAUACUUUAGGCUUUAUUCUACAGAUUUGCAGUGGAAUCUGAAUUAGUGGCCAAGUGCAUCCAUUUGUUGUGUUCCCAAAGACCCACGUAUUGCCUUUGUGUCACCUCUAAAGACCUUUUAGGUUUUUGUUUUCGCUCCCCGUGCUAAAUAAGGCUUAUACUUUGAUGCCUUUUUUUUUUUUUUUUUUUUUUUUUUUGCCUGAAUGUCAAUUCGAUUUAAUUGGUUACCACUACUUCUGCUGAUAAUAGUAGUAAUAUUUUAACUUUACUGAAAGGUUAGAUUUUUUUAAUCGUCUUUUCAGCAUAACAGACAACGUUUUUUUUUCACUGUUACAGAUGAUGCUCAUGGCACGCACUGUAUAUUGUUUUGUUUUUUAUUCUCAUUUUUGAUGCCAAACAUUUUCACUCAUAUGAUUAGAUGUGUAAUACUUUUCAGGCAUUCUUGACAAACAGGUGUGAACUCAUCCAAACGCAUUCUUUGCCUCUUUUAAGCUCGAUAAAGACACAUAGCCACUGAGCACUGUGAUCAGACUGUUCACUGUCCCACAACAGAACAGAGCUGACUUCAUGCGCGCACACACACACACACACACACUCAUGGAUUAUAUGGAUCUGCACUUAGGUUAUUCUUUUCCAGAAAUUCAACCAUAUCUUUCUUCCGGAGGUUUUUAGCAACAACAGUGGUAGAGCCGUAGCCGUAUGCGCCUCUCUUCAUUAUAUUAUAUUAUGCAAAAAGUGAUCACCGCGGCAAUGGCUGGCAUCUCUACUGAUGCCCUGAUCUGAGCGCAAAACACAGACUUCAACCUGAAUUUAAGUAUGCCAUAAAAUAAUCAAACCUCAAAUCAAGCGCCUCGUGUAUGGGAAUAAAAUUCAGAUAACACAAGAGCAUAAUACCAAAUAUAGGCCAUUUAUUGUAGCAUUUUACGUUAUACCGUAGCAUUGUUAUUGAAAUCUGCAUUGCCUGUGGUUGUUUGUUCAAGUCACACGUUUUUAAUGUUGCUCAUUAUAUCGUUUAAUAUACGGAUGCACACCAACAAUAAAGACACAAACAAUAAAUGCACGUCUUCCUUUUAAACUUUAUCAUUUUAUAUAUUUUUAAUCGUCGAUUUUACAGAUGGAUCAUUGAACGUUUUCAUUGAGCUUGGAUGCGAAAUUCAACAAGCCCUGCUUGUUUUUCUUCCGAGUUUCUCAUUUCCGUGGUUUGAGAUUUCCAGCACUUGAAUUUCUAGGAAAAAAAUAAAUGCAGCCACUCUGCUGGCAUGAGAUGGGUCCUCCCUCGAGUCCCUCCCUGAACAAAAGUUGAACCGCACAGACGGCAGCGGCUGCGUUAAGCAUUUGGGCCGGUCCACUCCAGUAUGGCAGCAAGGAUAGGUCAAAUUAGCAAUGCAAUUGUUUGAUGUCUAAGCAAUGGUUUAAACCAACCUCUUGCAAAAAUGUGAACUGUUGCAAAAUGACAGAAUAUUUAUACUCCUAUUUACUACAGAAUGAUUUGAAAUCAAUAUAAACGCAAUAGCAUAUUACUUAUGAAAAAGGAAUGCAAAAUGCACACUUGCACAGAAAAGAUGUUUUUAACACAUCUUUUAAUACGUAUAUAUAUUUAAUUAGAAUGCUUUGCACUUGCAAAUGGGAAUUUAUGAUCUGCUAUUUGGGAACUUGGGAAUACUUUAAUGUCAUGGAUGUACUUAUAGCAUCUUAGUAAACAAGACUUCAGGGGGGUGCCUGUGGGAAUAUAGAAGCAUUGUGCUUCUUUAAAGUUUCUUUCAUUUUAUUUAUGUAUUUAUUUUUAUUGCUACUAUAGGUCUUUGAAUCAGACAAGAUUUUAAAUGUCUAUAUAAAUAUAUAGAAAUAUUCAACCCUGUACACCAGCUGAAGAUACAUUUACAGAAUUAAUAAAGAAAUAAAAACUCACAAAUGGA